AUAUUCCUACUUUGAUCUGCUAUUGCAAUAGUCCUAUCUAUCGAUUCUAUCCCCCAUCUCAUCAACAUCCCAUCAUCUCUUCCAUUUAACUCUCUUCCCCAUGUAAAUUUCGUAUUUUCACUAAUUAAGGCAAAUUCCAGCCGUUUCUGCUGCUGCUGCUGCUCUCAUCCUUUCUGAUUCUUGGACUGCAACUUCUUGCUCUUGUUGUUGUGCUUCACACUCAGCACUCAGCACUCAGCACGUGAGGAAAGGUUGAGUUGAGAUGCAUAGCUUCAAGUCUACUGUAACACAACAAGCUAUUGCUCUCACCAGCUCUGAUGUGUAUUGCCAUUCUCAGCCAUCAUUUUACCUCAGGGGUGAAGAAGGAAGUAGAAAUGGGGCUCGGUUUUCGGAUCUUGGGGAGCUCGAGCAGUCUCCUGGAAAUGGGUUUCAUCAUGAUGAUGCUUUGAAUUUAAGCAGAAGCUCAAUGUACAAUGAUUUGAAGGCAAGCAAUGUUUCUGUUGUGUCUAGUAACUUGCAGUUUGGUGGCCUCAACAACAGCUUGGGUUCAGCAGAGAUGGUUUCAUCAGCAACAGGGAUUGACUCAGGCCAAUUCAUGUCACACAAGGGGCCAAUUGUGGAUUUCUGCGGCGGUGGUGGUGCUAUGGGAAGUGGCCAGUUUGAAAACUGGGGUGAUUCAGGGGUGGUGGCAGAUCACAGCCAGCAGACUGACACUUCUACAGACACUGAUGACAAAAACCAGUAUCCUGGAGUGCACAAUGAAAGAUUGAUGGGUGCGGACUCUAUGGACCAAUUGAAUGAGAAAAUAGGAGACCAAAAGACACUGCGUAGGCUAGCUCAGAAUCGUGAAGCAGCUCGGAAGAGCCGAAUGAGGAAAAAGGCCUAUGUUCAACAGCUUGAGAAUAGUCGGCUGAAGCUCACGCAACUAGAGCAGGAGCUGAAAAAAGUACGGCAGCAGGGUGCAUUAGCCGCAUCUGGAUAUCACGCAGAUCGUUCUCUAGGUGGAAAUGGGACUAUGGCAUUUGACCUAGACUAUGCGAGAUGGCUUGAUGAACACCAGCGGCUGAUUAAUGAUCUCAGAACUGCUGUAAAUUCUCAUGUGGGAGACAGUGAACUCCGGCUUCUUGUUGAGGGCAUGAUGUCUCAUUAUGAUGAGAUAUUCCGCCUUAAGACUGCUGGUGCAAAAUCAGACGUCUUUCACAUGCUUUCGGGCAUGUGGAAGACUCCGGCUGAGAGGUGCUUCAUGUGGUUAGGAGGAUUUCGCUGCUCUGAGGUUCUUAAGAUACUCGGAAACCAAAUCGAGCCAUUAACAGAGCAACAGUUGGUGGGGAUUUGCAACCUGCAGCAAUCCUCCCAACAGGCUGAGGAUGCCUUGUCCCAAGGAAUGGAAGCUCUUCAACAGUCGCUCGUAGAGACACUCUCCUCAAAUGCCCUUGCCCCUCGUAACUCUGCAAACGUGGCUGACUAUAUGGGGCAGAUGGCCAUUGCCAUGAGCAAGCUUGCCACACUUGAGAAUUUCCUUCAUCAGGCCGACCUCCUGAGACGCCAGAUGUUGCAACAACUGCAACGAAUACUAACAACUCGUCAAGCUGCUCGUGCUCUUCUUGCCAUAAGUGAUCACAGAUCAAGGCUCCGAGCUCUGAGCUCGUUGUGGCUAGCACGCCCUAAGGAAUAAUGUUCUUCAGCACCCUACUUGGCCUACUCGCCAUGUAAGUAAAGCCUUUUCUAGUGAGACAUGUUGAUCCAUAGCUUAGUGGAGUAGAAAACCUUUUUCUGUAUCCAAGAAUUGUUUAUGCACUGCAAUUUCUUGAUGAUCAAUAUCUAAGAACCGUUACAAACGUAUGAUCUCAAACUAUCAUUUGUUUAGGGAAAAGAUUUUGGAUAUAUUUCCCAAGUUCAUCAGACUUUAUUUAUAUUUACAUAUCCACAUAUCCUUCAAUAAAAGAAUCAAUAAAAAUAUUUUUCUAAUCUUCAGUUUUCUCAACGCCCUUGUUUGUUUGUCCUCUUUCGUUCCUCUUCCUUCCUGCAGCCAUAAAAAGUAGCAAAUUUUGGUUAUUACAAAAUAUAAACAAGGUAAUAUUUGUCUCAAUAUUCAGAUUAUGAAAGCAUACUUUGCCUGUUCUUCCUCCUUGACCGCACAAUUUGUGGGAUGAACACACCAGUCCCGUUUCCAGUUCUCGACGCAUUCAUGAUCCACGCAGGCGCUGCAACCUCUUCCUUAUGCUGGGGCCAGUUGUAAUAUCCGCAACGGCCCUCUUUCUGGGCUGCAACCGCGUUCGAAUUCUUGAUUUUGUGUUCUUGAAUAUCAUCAUCGUCGUCGUCUGCUGUGAGUUGCAAGACUUGUUUCCUUAGCUCACUGUAGAAAACAUCAUCCUCGUAUUCCAAAUCGUCAAACUGAAAAUCCAUUGAGGUGUUUUGCUAUUGAGUUGCUGAUCUUUGUUAUGUUUUCACUUGCAAAUAUUUUGUGAUAUAUAUAUGUGUGUAUGCGUGUAAAAGUUGGUGUUUGAUGGCCUGUCUCCCACCUAUUUGGAUUCAAAUUGCUAGGAAAAUUCCCAUAUUUGUAAUAUAGUUAGUGAUUCCAUGUGUUUUUUAAUUAAAUUGAAUAAUCUUAGUGGUGAA